CCAGUUAAUGGUUGGGUUCUAUGCAUAUGCCAAGUCUUUGGAGAUAGACGUGGAGAAGGAAGAGUUAGAAGACGCUAAAUGGCACACUCGAGAAGAUGUAAAGAAGGCUCUUACAUUUGCUGUAUACAAGAAGGCACAGAAGACGACAGCAACUAAAGUAGAUCAAAUGUGCAAGGGGGUUGAGAAAGGGCAAAACUUGUUUGCAGAUUACACUGUCGAAAUUGGAGAACUUGCUACUCUGUUUAUCUCGGGACCAUUUGCAAUUACUCAGCAUCUCAUCUCUUCAUGGGCCAAUCAAGUUGAUGAUAAUGGUGAUGGAGCACAGAUGAAACAAGCUGGCAAUUCAUUUUGAAGCUUGUAGUUUCAGAACAAAACGAUUGUCUAUUAUGAAUGUUCCAAAAUUGAACUG